AUUCAAGUUGGCAAUUAUAAGACACAAUAAAGGUUGCUGUUGUCGUUCAGGGUUUUAAAAGAUCUCAUGGUCAAACCUGGUAGCAUCCAGCAACCCGCAAUCAGAAUGUCGACACGUCAGCAACCCUUGGUGCUCCAUGCCCAUAGCACUGGACCGAAUCCAUUCAAAAUUGCCAUAGCGUUGGAAGCAUUAGGCGUUGAAUACAUUGUGAAGUUCUGGGAGUUUGGUGAUGAUCCUCAAAAUGGUGUCAAGGGCGAAGCCUUUCUCAAGAUCAAUGAGAACGGCCGGGUUCCUGCAUUGGAAGACCCUCGGACCGGAGUGGUUUCUUGGGAGUCUGGGGCAUGCAUGAAUUAUAUUCGUCGGGUCUACGACAAAGAUGGCAAAAUUGGUCCUGUGGGUACGACUGAACAGGACAGAGUGGACUUUGAGAAAUGGGAAUACUUCCUGCUCACCACACUGGGCCCGAUGACCGGACAAACGAAUUGGUACAGGCACUAUAACAGUGUCAAGAAUCCAGAUGCCCUAGAUCGCUACUCUGCCCAAACAAUCCGCUGCUACGAUGUUCUCGAAGCCCAAUUGAGCAAGAGCGGGGGGGCGAGUAUUCUCCCCGGCCGCAUCACCGCUGUCGACUAUCAUUUCGAGCCCUGGGUGCGGCAACAUGGAUAUGCAGGACUGAGCCUGGAGGGGCAUCCCAAUGUUGGUAGCUGGUUGAAGAGCAUGGGAGCUAGAGCUGAAGUACGCGCGGCGUAUCAGAAGAUCAUGAAAUCUGAGCCACCAAAAUAUUGAUGGACGUGAGGCCAAUACCAUCCAGCUUAUCAGUUUGUAGCCCUUGACCAAUGGUUCCAUCACUCAAACUACACUAUUGA